CACACACACACACACACACACACACACACACACACACACACACACACACAUAGUAUCAGACUCACUGUGUUUGUGUAACCAUUGACUACAGCAGAACUCAAUCACCUACACACACUGGGCUUUAAACUUGCUGUUACCACGGCAACAAGGGCGACGGACUAAACCAUUAACACGACACACGCACUCCUGAACCCGCUGCAGUUUGAGAUCUUCUACGCCCUUGAGCCAUGCGAAAUCCGAGUCACGGCGUUCCCUGCGAUCGGAGCUGUACCUCCAUGUUAUGGUCCUUCUCUGUAAGUCAGGGUCUUCACCUUCACCUCCACGCUUCAGACCAGGCGAGAGGCUCGAGUCCUAAAGCGCUGAGGAAAUAUGACUUCAGAUUGCUGGCUCCUCACACUGUCGGCGCUUUUCACCGAAGACGCCAUGCGGGCUCGGGAAUGGCGUCGCCGGUUACUCGGACGAACGGGUCGCUCAUGGCAUGUGGAAAGCGGUGCGUUCUGUCCCUGAGACCCGAGCGCUGCGGCAAUAAAUCCGAACACGAGAAACCCGACGAGGCCGGAGAGAGCGGGAGAGGAGCGAGCACCGCUAACGCCGUCCUGGACGAACACGGGAAAACGGGAGAGGAGAAAAAGAGAGCACGGAGCGGUGUGGUGAGGACGAGAGCGAUGGCGACGUCGGACACCCGACCCUCCACUGCUCCGGCGGGACGGAGCGGCGUUGAUCCGCUCUCACCAGGAACUCCAGGUUACAGGAUGGUGUGGAGAACCUGUGAAAAUGGACACCAUGACACGCUGGAUCGCACCUCGCCUGGAAAUCCCGUUCUUCACCUGUAUCUGCCCAGCUCCCACGCUGACUCCAGGAAAGAAGCGGACGACGUGUUGGACGCCGCUGGAACGGAGCGAAAGAUCGGGGAGAAUCAAAUUCAAGAACGUCCUGAUGUGUGGAAUGACGAGGACAAUGGAAACCGUGACGUUACAGGAGGAAACGGAGCGCCUGACGUCGUAGGAGACGUCGUUACGACGGAGACAGGAAGCGAGCGAAAGCACGAGACGGAAGAAGACGACGAUAAUUGCGAAAGGCGCCGAGGCAGCCAGAACGAGCUUGUUGAGAAAGAACAGCACGAACGACAUGGUGGAAGAGAGAACGGUUACGACGUCGCUGAGGAACGUAGCGCUGUAGGAGAAGAGGGACUUCCUGGAAAGUCAGGUGACGCACCUCGACUCACGGCGGAAGCGCGUCAGUGCGUUUUCGAGGAAAGGCAGAACGCACCGGCGACGAAGCUCAAAUCUGGAGCUGCUCACGUCAGAAACCCAGAAAGCAAAAGCACGAGGAGGCUGACUCUCCCGGCGCCGGCUUUAUCGUUCCCCGGUACACUCGCACGCGCACGCUCUUCGCCCUCGCCGUGUGUCCUGCCGUCGUUUUACGGCCCCCCCUUUGGCCGUCGCGCCCGAACGCCUCGCACGCCCGAAUGCCACCGGGCCGACGGAGUCAGCUUUGACAAAAGAUCCGUAAAACCUGCGCCGGAAAGACCCCCGAGCUUGGACAGGAGAGGAAGUCGGCACAUCUUGAAAACGGAGCCCAGAGGAACAACCGGGCUCUGCCCUAAAAUAAUGAGCUCUGAGUGCUGGGGGUGUCUGUCUCGUAAAACCAAAACCACCAAGACGUUCGUGUGGGGGCCUCGGGGGCCUCAGGAGACCAAGAGUGUGUGUGAGCUACACACUCGAACCAACAGGUGGAGGGGUUUGGACUGACGCAGAGGUUUGAGUGAACACGGACCGACAACACGCCGUAUUCUCUGGACUACGAUUUCUUUUUAAAGUAGCUUACGGAAGAGCUCGAAGCAGCCACGUAUCGCCCCCCUCCCCCACCCCCCCCCCCCCCCCCCACCUUUUCUUGUUUUCUUAAUCACAUAACGACUUCAUUUUCUCCUGAUCUCCACAGAACAAACAGCUCUUUUAUCACGACAUCGUUUCUCCAGGAAGAACCUCCCGAACCUUGCGAAUACGACCGGGGUCACAUGCACGUCGGCCAUUUUGUUACGUGGAGAUCACGAGAAAACAGGAAACAAUAACGCGUGGCGUCUCAGGGCUUCCGUAACAUACAAACAAACCUGCGCUACCGGUCAAAGGUUUAGACACUCAUAUUUCAUACUCACAUUUUAUCGCACAUUUUCGAAUAGGAAUAAAAGUCAUCAAAACAAACAAACAAAAAAAAAAUCCAGAAUAAAUCGAAAUAAUUUAAUAUUUUAGCAUCUUCAAAGUCGACGCCCUUUUCGCUGAGAAUUCCCAGAAAUGUAUUCUCGGCAUUUUCUCAAGCGAUUUCUUGAGGAAUUUCCCCGAGAUGCUUUUUAAACCGUACUAAAGGAGUCCAUCUUAUCUUCUUAUCUCCUGCUUUUCCGAAUAUUUCUCUCCGGGUCGUCCGUUUAAAACGAUGUUUCCUUGUAAAUAAAACGUUCGUUUGACAAUGAAAGAAACAAAACCGUCGGCACGAUGAUAUUCCCGUCCACGACACCGAUUUCGCACGUUUCCUCACACGCACACCUUCAGAUCAAAAGCUUUUUAAGAUCGUGAGAAACGUCUCGAUCGAGCGUCCACAAACUUUUGACCGGCAGUGUACGUGCUCAGGAACUUUUUGUGUCAUCCUGACUGUCGUGUUCCUGUUUAUUAACGUUUACGGUGGCUGUGCUAAUUCAGAAUCGACGCUAGUUCGUUAAAUUGAUUAUCACUGAUUAUUCGUCAUGCCUUAACAUUAAUAAUGAAUAAAUGCAGGGUUGCCAGGGUGACGAUUUAUUAUUUUAUCAUUCGUUUUUGGGGUUGAUUGAAAAUGACAAACGUUCUUUUAGCAUGUUCGGGGCUUUUAAAAGCGAAUAAUCGCAACUAAAUGGAAUCAAACAUAGGUUUGCGACAAACAAAGUGUAAGUGCAAAGAGACAGCGUGUCGACGGCGUACAGAAGCGUUUCUGUGCCAAAGAUUAGGAAAGGGAAAGGACGAUUUUAUCGGAGCGGAUGAUAUCACCCGCACUAGCCGAUGAUAAAUAUUCGUAUUGCAGAUACUUGGUUGAUUUCAGGUCUUUUGUGUGGUGUAUGUAGCUCUAGGUGUAGGUUAGGGGUGGAAGACCUGGCAACCCUUUACAGGAUGGUAUUAUAUUGGAAUAAAUUGAUUUGCAGUGAGCAUGUUGUACGCUAAAUGUCAAUAUUAACACUGAAAAUCCCACCAGCUGAACUUCGCGUCGUAGGAAGCUGCGGUGAGCUACAACGAGGAAGUUCAACAGGAAGUAAAAUGGGAUGUAGGAAUUCUGAGGGCGUCGAUUUCCCUAAAAUGAACAUCGACACAACAACACUAACAUUAUCAUUCAGUUUCUACUGUAUGCUGUUUUAUGAAGCAUGAAGUUUGAUGUCAAAUAAGUCGAUAUUUCUGUAUGUUUUCCACACAAUAAAAGACAAUAAAAUAGAACGAAUAAGAAUAAGACCAUAAAGUUGCCUCGAGAUGUGUGGAAUGUGCGAAACUCACGGAUGAAGAGGGCGCACGUCUCGAGAGAACUGUAAAAGAGGACGAGAGACGGACUCGUGUUCGCGUUGACGACCUGAAUACCUUCUAGUUCGUUUUAAAAGUUAGCUGCUUGGUGAGUGGAGGCAUAAAUCAACAAGUGGAGACAGUGUGCACUGACGCUAUAAUAAACAGAUUCGGAGUUAAGGGAUGGAAUGAUUCCAUAACUCCAUAUGCAGGCAGAGAGAGAGAGAGAGAGAGAGAGAGAGAGAGAGAGAGAGAGAGAGAGAGAGAGAGAACUUGGGAUAGAGACAGAAUGUCAGAGAAAGAAAGAGACAGUGUGAUGGAGACAGAGGAAGCAAAGGAACAGGAACAGAGAGAGAGAGAGAGAGAGAGAGAGAGAGAGAGAGAGAGAGAGAGAGAGAGAGAGAGAGAGAGAGAAAGGAAGGAAUGAGGAAUAAAUAUCAUACACUGAGUGCCAAGAAAGAUAUGAACAUAAAUAAACAAAUUAUUAAAGA